AUGUUGCUCUUCUGCCCGCACUGCGCCAACAUCCUCACCGUCUCGCUAACCAACGGCCGCUCUAACCGCCUCGAAUGCCGCACAUGCCCCUACGAGCACGCCAUCGCCGAUCCCGUCUACUCGCGUCGUGAAUUCACCCGCCCAGAGCGCGAAGAUGUCUUUGGUGGCCCUGGUGCCUGGGACAACGCUCAGAAGGGCCGCGUCCAGUGUCCUGCCGACGGCUGCAAUGGCGACGAGGCUGCUUUUUACCAGGUGCAGAUUCGUUCUGCGGAUGAGCCUAUGACCAGUUUCUACAUGUGCAUGACGUGCAGCCACCGAUGGAGAGAGAACUAG